AAUCAAUGUACGACUUUUCGAGAAUGUAAAAAUUAGUGGAUCGAAUGCAGAAACUAUAACCUCCAUAGCCUCCGCCUGACACAAGGUUCUUGCCUGAGGAGUUGAAGAAGGAUAAGGUUAUUGAGGACCCAAAAAAAAUAGAGAAGAAGGCCAAAAGAUAACUCCUCAUAAAAAAUCAAAAAGGCUCUAGUGGUUUGAAACCAGUUGAAGAUGAAAGAUUAUUCCUGAUUUAAAAGGAGAAUUACUUGAAGAAAAAGUAACGGGAGUUAGAGAUGGAAUAAGUGAAAAAGGAAUUAGCAGAACAAAAAAAAUAAGAAAAGUAAAAAUUAGAAAUAGCAACUUAAAGAGCAUUAUAAUUUGUUAAAGGCAAAAAGGAGUACUUUACUAUUUCUUAUCUUAGGUUAUCAUAAUUGGAGAGGGAGGAAAAAAUAAAGAAGCAAAAUGACAAUGAAUUCCUUAAAAGAAAAUAGAAGGUGAAUAAUUCCAUUUAGAUGUCUUCAAUUGAUGCAUCAUAUGUAUCCUAAGGCUAAAUUCUAAAUAACUCUUUGAUUAAGAAAUAAAUUAUAGAUUACCACACACUUCCUAAGGAGCAAUAUAAUCGCAUAUAUCGUUAACAGGCUGUAAGUCCCCCUAAAUGA